AUGAGUGAUGGUGGUGAGAACACGUCGACCAAGAAACCUGAGAUCUGUAUUGUUAACCAGAGCUCUGUGCCUUCACCCACCAAGCUAUUUGCUCCCCCACCAAGACUCUCCCCAAAGACUCUCCCACAGACUCUCCCACAAGACUCUCCCACCAGGCUUCUCCCUGGGGCUCUCCCACCAAGACUCUCCCCCACCAGACUCUCCCCACAAGACUCUCCCCCACAAGACUCUCCCACCGGGCUCUCCCCCCAAAGCUCUCCCAAGACUCUCCCCCACAGACUCUCCCACAGACUCUCCCGCAGACUCUCCCUCAAGACUCUCCCCACAGACUCUCCCCACCAAACUCUCCCCACCAAGAUCUCCCACCAAGACUCUCUCCUGGACUCUCCCCCACCAGGCUCUCCCCACCAAGACUCUCCCACCAAGACUCUCCCCACCAAGGGCUCUCCCCACAAGAACUCUCCCCCCAUGAGAUCUCCCCCACCAAGACUCCCCAGAUAA